ACUCGUGAAGUUUCUAGAGGCGAGGAGCUGACUCUUUUUUUGGUCCUGGUGACGCCGGGUAGGGAAAAGGACUUUCCGGCGAUCCUAGGCGACACAACUCGAUUCCGGCCACCUCCCCGACUCGUGACCCAGCUCCUUCUCCUCCUCACCUUCUCAAACCUAGAACCCAGAACGAAGAAGAGAGGAGGAGCCUCGAAGAGGAUUCUAGGCACCGGGCGUUUGAUUGAAAUCGGGAUUCAAAAGGACCUGCACCCAUUCUAGGUGUUUGAGUGAUUGUUUUGAUUUCAUCGAUGUCCUUUAUUUCCUGAGGAAGAAAGAAGAUAUUAGAAGAUGUCAGGCAGAAAAGAAACAGUUCUAGACUUGGCAAAGUUUGUUGACAAAGGUGUCCAGGUCAAGCUUACUGGCGGAAGACAAGUUGUGGGCACUUUGAAAGGGUAUGAUCAGCUGCUAAACCUUGUGCUGGAUGGAGCAGUUGAGUUCUUGCGAGAUCCAGAUGAUCCUUUGAAGACGACCGAUCAAACUAGGCCACUUGGGCUUAUUGUUUGCCGGGGAACGGCUGUUAUGCUCGUGUCUCCGACAGAUGGAACAGAUGAAAUAGCCAAUCCCUUUAUCCAACCAGACGGAGCUUAAGCUUCUCAUCUCUUUUCUUCUCGCUGGCACAUGGUUUAUCGUUAACAUGAAGGUUGUAAUUGUUUGAUGGGUUCCCAAUGAUGCAGUUUGCGGGUACAUUGUUAAUCGAUAUUUUGCGUCAAGGGUCAACUUAGUAGUGUCGUACCAUUAGAAAUUUAGAACGGGUCAACGUUCCGUUGCAGAACAAAUUAUGAGUUGUGCUUGUCAACUUCGUUUCA